UGUGAAAUGUAUGGUAAAUGCAGCAAUGCCAGUCUAGAAAGUUGUGACUGCAUCAAUGCAAUACCUAAUGAUGGGCAGUACUGUAAACGAAAUGUCACCAGCAUAUGUCCACCAAUAAUAACAACAACACCAGCAACAACACCAACAGUGACACCAACACCACCAACAGAAACUUUUGUGGACACCGUUCUCACCAUAAGCACACUUGGCACUGAGGAAGCAGAGAUCAUCGCUCGACUGAAAGCAGCUGUGGGAAAUUUUUCUUUACCAUUCAACAUCACAGAUGAUUCAGUGCUGACAAAUUUAAGUUUGACCACAGUUUGCUAUACAAAAUUUGAUGAAGAACUGCAGUGUCAGUGUGAGCGUCCCUAUCUAUGGCCAUGCCAUGCCUGUGAAACGUAUGGUAAAUGCAGCAAGGCCGAUCUAGAAAGUUGUGACUGCAUCAAUGCAAUAACUAAUGAUGGGCAGUACUGUGAACGAAAUGUCACCAGCAUAUGUCCACCAAUAAUAACAACAACGCCAACACCAGUGACACCAACACCCCCAACAAAAACUUUUGUGGACAUCGUUCUCACCAUAAGCACACUUAGCACCGAGGAAGCAGUGAUCAAUGAUCAACUGAGAGAAGCUGUGGGAAAAAUUUCUUUACCAUUCAACAUCACAGAUGAUUCAGUGCUGACAAAUUUAAGUUUGACUACAGUUUGCUAUAACUUUGAUGAAGAACUGCGGUGUCAGUGUGAGCAUCCCUAUCUAUGGCCAUGUCAUGCCUGUGAAAUGUAUGGUAAAUGCAGCAAGGCCAGUCUAGAAAGUUGUGACUGCAUCAAUGCAAUACCUAAUGAUGGGCAGUACUGUGAACGAAAUGUCACCAGCGUAUGUCCACCAAUAAUAACAACAAUGCCAACACCAGAGACACCAACACCCCCAACAAAAACUUUUGUGGACAUCGUUCUCACCAUAAGCACACUUAGCACUGAGGAAGCAGUGAUCAAUGAUCAACUGAGAGAAGCUGUGGGAAAUAUUUCUUUACCAUUCAACAUCACAGAUGAUUCAGUGCUGACAAAUUUAAGUUUGACCACAGUUUGCCAUAACUUUGAUGAAGAACUGCAGUGUCGUUGUGAGCGUCCCUAUCUAUGGCCAUGUCAUGCCUGUGAAAUGUAUGGUAAAUGCAGCAAUGCCAGUCUAGAAAGUUGUAACUGCAUCAAUGCAAUACCUAAUGAUGGGCAGUACUGUGAACAAAAUGUCACCAGCAUAUGUCCACCACCAAUAACAACAACGCCAACCACACCAGAAACAACACCAACAACAACACUAGUGACACCAACAGAAACUUUUGUGGACAUGGUUCUCACCAUAAGCACACUUAGCACUGAGGAAACAGUGAUCAUUGGUCAACUGAGAAAAGCUGUGAGAAAUUUUUCUUUACCAUUCAACAUCGCAGUUGAUUCAAAGCUGACAAAUUUAAGUUUGACCACAGUUUGCCAUAACUUUGAUGAAGAACUGCAGUGUCGUUGUGAGCGUCCCUAUCUAUGGCCAUGUCAUGCCUGUGAAAUGUAUGGUAAAUGCAGCAAUGCCAGUCUAGAAAGUUGUAACUGCAUCAAUGCAAUACCUAAUGAUGGGCAGUACUGUGAACAAAAUGUCACCAGCAUAUGUCCACCACCAAUAACAACGACGCCAAUCACACCAGAAACAACACCAACAACAACACUAGUGACACCAACAGAAACUUUUGUGGACAUGGUUCUCACCAUAAGCACACUUAGCACUGAGGAAACAGUGAUCAUUGGUCAACUGAGAAAAGCUGUGAGAAAUUUUUCUUUACCAUUCAACAUCGCAGUUGAUUCAAAGCUGACAAAUUUAAGUUUGACCACAGUUUGCCAUAACUUUGAUGAAGAACUGCAGUGUCGUUGUGAGCGUCCCUAUCUAUGGCCAUGUCAUGCCUGUGAAAUGUAUGGUAAAUGCAGCAAUGCCAGUCUAGAAAGUUGUAACUGCAUCAAUGCAAUACCUAAUGAUGGGCAGUACUGUGAACGAAAUGUCACCAGCGUAUGUCCACCAAUAAUAACAACAAUGCCAACACCAGAGACACCAACACCCCCAACAAAAACUUUUGUGGACAUCGUUCUCACCAUAAGCACACUUAGCACUGAGGAAGCAGUGAUCAAUGAUCAACUGAGAGAAGCUGUGGGAAAUAUUUCUUUACCAUUCAACAUCACAGAUGAUUCAGUGCUGACAAAUUUAAGUUUGACCACAGUUUGCCAUAACUUUGAUGAAGAACUGCAGUGUCGUUGUGAGCGUCCCUAUCUAUGGCCAUGUCAUGCCUGUGAAAUGUAUGGUAAAUGCAGCAAUGCCAGUCUAGAAAGUUGUAACUGCAUCAAUGCAAUACCUAAUGAUGGGCAGUACUGUGAACAAAAUGUCACCAGCAUAUGUCCACCACCAAUAACAACGACGCCAACCACACCAAAAACAACACCAACAACAACACUAGUGACACCAACAGAAACUUUUGUGGACAUGGUUCUCACCAUAAGCACACUUAGCACUGAGGAAACAGUGAUCAUUGGUCAACUGAGAAAAGCUGUGAGAAAUUUUUCUUUACCAUUCAACAUCGCAGUUGAUUCAAAGCUGACAAAUUUAAGUUUGACCACAGUUUGCCAUAACUUUGAUGAAGAACUGCAGUGUCGUUGUGAGCGUCCCUAUCUAUGGCCAUGUCAUGCCUGUGAAAUGUAUGGUAAAUGCAGCAAUGCCAGUCUAGAAAGUUGCAACUGCAUCAAUGCAAUACCUAAUGAUGGGCAGUACUGUGAACAAAAUGUCACCAGCAUAUGUCCACCACCAAUAACAACAACGCCAACCACACCAGAAACAACACCAACAACAACACUAGUGACACCAACAGAAACUUUUGUGGACAUGGUUCUCACCAUAAGCACACUUAGCACUGAGGAAACAGUGAUCAUUGGUCAACUGAGAAAAGCUGUGAGAAAUUUUUCUUUACCAUUCAACAUCGCAGUUGAUUCAAAGCUGACAAAUUUAAGUUUGACCACAGUUUGCCAUAACUUUGAUGAAGAACUGCAGUGUCGUUGUGAGCGUCCCUAUCUAUGGCCAUGUCAUGCCUGUGAAAUGUAUGGUAAAUGCAGCAAUGCCAGUCUAGAAAGUUGUAACUGCAUCAAUGCAAUACCUUCAGAUGGGAAGUACUGUGAACUAAAUGUCACCAGCCCUUGUCCGCCACCACCAUCAACCACAACAAUGCCAACAACAACACCAAACACAACAACAACACCAAACAUAACAUCACCAAUAACAACAACACCAAACACAUCAACCACAGCAAUAAACAUAACAACACCAACAACACCAAACACAUCAACAACACCAAACAUAACAACAACGCCAACAACACCAAACACAUCAACAACAACACCAAACAUAACAUCACCAAUAACAACAACGCCAACAACAACACCAAACACAUCAACCACACCAAUAAACAUAACAACACCAACAACAACACCAAACACAUCAACAACACCAAACAUAACAACAACGCCAACAACACCAAACACGACAACAUCAGCAAUAACAACAACGCCAGCAACAGCACCAAACACAUCAGCAACAACAACAACGGCGCCAACACCAACAGCGGCACCACCUCCACAAUCAGAAAGGAGGCAGAUGUCAUUCACUAUGUUGAUUGACUUUGAGGACUCAUUCAACAAUGAAAACAGUUCUGUGUUCCAGAGAUGUUUAGGUUCUAUUCAAACACAAUCUCGGAUCCUUAUACCAGGCCUACUAUCAGCGGAUCUUAUACGUUUCAGGCCUGGAAGCACCAUUGCUGACUUUGAAAUCAAUGCUCCCAUAAUUCGAGAUCCAGAUGUUGAAGCACUUUCAAUCGCAAUAUUUAAUGACCUAAAGACCACAUUUCCUAUGCUGUUUGAAAGUCAAGAAAACUUCUCAGAGCAACCAGAUGUAUUUUUUCAAGACACCGUAAAAAUAAAAUGUGGCCCACCACCGCAGGCCCUACAAUUUUCUUUGACUUCAUCAGAGUGGACGCUUGAUGGUGUUUUAAUAACUGCAGACGAUCAGCAUAUUUUUUCACGAGAUGAUCGAUCAGAAACGCUAAUGAUCACAAACUUCUUUCCCUCUGACAAUGGACGUUAUGAAUGUCAGUUGUUUGAUGGGAAUUCGAGUUUUCUCCAGAACGCCAAUCAAUCAAUCAGGCUUCAGGAAACACCUACAAUUCAGAUUGAUCCCCUCCGAAGGAGUGUCGUUUGUCGGGUUGGGCAGGAAGUGUCUCUAGAAUGUACUGUCCAGGACUCUUACCAGGUUGAGUUUAAAGACAUCCCUAAUUCAGAUCCAGGCUCUCAAAUAAACCGAGACAUCACCCUCACACAGGAAGACUGUGAUAAUGAAGAACUAAUAGUUUCCUGUCAAGUGGUGGGCCUCUCUCAAUUCACACGGGAUGCAACAUUCGUGUUGGUCCAAGAUGUUGAAUUCACAUGCAUUAAUGACCAAGAAUUUGGAAAUGGAUCGUUAAAUGAGGAGGGAAUAGCUUCAUGUGAAGUAGAUGAGGUGGGAGUGAAGACUGCUAUUUGCAGAGAAAGUAGGGAAUGGGAAGAUCGAGGAGACAACUGCACCUUGCGGAGGCUCGUGGAACUACUUAUUCAGUCUGAGUUUUUGAAUAAUGAGACUUUGCCAGAGUUCUUGGAAAAUCUCAGCAACACCACUGAUGAGCUAAGUGAGAAUGUGACUGGAUCUCCUAACAACAUUGAGACCAUUGUUAGAAUACUCAACAAUGUGGCAGACUUAGUAACAAAUUCUUCUCUCGAGCUAAAUCAGGACCUAAUGGAGAAUAUCCUAAUCACCACUGAUGUCCUGACCAGAGAUGAGGCAAGGGUUUCAUGGGAUGUCCUUAAUCUCCGAGCUGCCAUUGAGAUUUUUGGAACAAGAACUUUCACACCCAGAAAUGAGAGUGUCAGCUCGUUAUUAUUGUUUUCCCUUGAGGGUUUAGCAAGUAGGCUUAUCAAUGCCUCUUUAACCAUUGAUACACCUUUGAUUCUCUUGAACAAAACAACAUUCAACGACAGUUUCAACGGAGAUUUUAAUUCUACGGUGGAGAUAGACAUAGAGGGAUCUAACGGAACAACAUUCCUCACUGUGAUAACCUUUGAAUCAAUGGACAAUGUACUUCCACCAAGAGAUGAGAACAACGCUUCAGGCAGGGUCAUCAAUGGGAGAGUCGCACUUGUUCAGUCUGAUAACCCGAUCAACAAUAUCUCGUUUACAUUUAACAUUGUAAACGACAGUCUUGGGAACCCUCAAUGUGUGUUUUGGAACUUCACCCUCUUUGAAGGUCUCGGAGGAUGGGAUGGUGAAGGCUGUGAGCUCGUUAGAAGAGAGGGUGAAUUGGUCACAUGUCAGUGUGACCAUCUGACCUCAUUUUCAAUUCUAAUGUCACCAACUAGUCCGAUCAGCCGUGUGUUGGAUUUCAUAACGUACAUCGGCGUUAGUAUUUCCAUGGCGUCCUUAGUGAUAUGCCUCAUUAUUGAAGGGGUUAUAUGGAAAACAGUUAGAAAGAGCACCACUUCGCACUUGCGGCACGUUUCCAUUGUUAACAUCGCAGUGUCUCUCUUGAUUGCAAACAUUUGGUUCAUUAUUGGGGCAAGUAUCUCUGAAGGAGAAAAAAGGAAUCCAGCUGCAUGCACUGCUGCUACCUUUUUCAUCCACUUCUUUUACUUGGCUCUCUUUUUCUGGAUGUUCGCAUCCGCCUUGUUGCUAUUCUACCGCUCAGUCGUUGUCUUUGGUGGAGGACUUUCUAAAAAGACUAUGUUAGCGAUCGGAUUCUGUCUUGGCUACGGGGCGCCUCUGCUUAUCUCAGUCAUUACUAUAGCUGUAACUGCCCCGAACAAUGCUUACAUUCGAGAAAAUACGAUCUGCUGGCUCAAUUGGGAAAGGUCAAGAGCGCUUCUGGCAUUUGUGAUCCCGGCCCUGGCAAUUGUGUUUAUAAACAUUAUAAUCCUAAUUGUGGUAAUAGUUAAAAUACUGCAGAGCCGGGGGAUGUCAAGCACUGCACAACAAGAUGAGAAGUAUGUUCUGGUGGUCAUUAUUCGGAGCUUGGCUAUCCUCACACCCUUUUUUGGAAUCACUUGGAGUCUUGGAGUUGGAAUCUUAAUUGACCCAACUAAUCUGGGAAUCCACAUUACCUUCUCCCUCUUCAACUCUCUUCAGGGUUUCUUCAUAUUAGUUUUUGGAACACUGUUGGACAAAAAGGUUCGGUCAGAAAUUUCGCUUUCCAAAACAUCUCAAACUUCCAGAAGUGGGACCAGGAGCACGAGUGCUGGGAACUCAUCAUCGAGUGGAUGGAAGAUUUUUAGGAACAUUGGAAGAAGAGGUGGUAACAAUCUAUCAUCAUCUGCUGAUGUCUCAUCAUCAUCAUCAUCAUCAUCAUCAUCUCAAGCGAUCAACACUUGAGGGCCACUAUCGACAUCUCUGCUCUGGUUGACCAAGGAACAAAUUGCCCCCCCCCCCCAAAAAAAAGCAAAAAACAAAACAUGAAUAUGGUAAUAUAGGCUGUCUCACAUUAACAUUUAAGUAACUAAAAUACUACUAUACUGUUGGCCAUAAAAUAUAAUUCACAUCUUUUAAGUACAUUUAACAACAGCCAUAUUGCCUUAUUCUAUACAAAUGAUUGCAGGCAUAGCUAUGAACAAAGACGCGAUUUUAUGGCAAAAAUAUAAUAACGGCGAUGAUAUACAGAAUCGUUUCGAAGAUUAAGUGAUUACUUUUUUGUUCUGCGCACAACUCCUGGAGGGCAUGUUUGUAAAGUAUAUCAUGUUUGUGAAAGUGCCAGUUGCUUCAAAACAUUAACCAGAGUUGUUAUCCUGAGAAUAUUUGAUUAUUGGCAUUUUGGUUGGUGUCAUAAUCUCAGACUAAGUAUAUGAUUAUUUGUGUUGUUUAACAAUAAUCAUUAUUCCACUCAAAAUUUUACAAAUUGUCAUCUUCAUACCAAAAUAUGAUCUGCAUGUGAUCACGCACUAUGGGAGAGCAAACACAUUUGUAGGAAAUAAUCUUAACUGUUUUUGUGAUGUAUAUCGUUGUAAACAUUUGAUACACUUGAAUUAUAACACCAUCGUAAAUUGUUCCAAGCACUUUACAAAUAUAUUGAUGGUAUUUUUGUUUAUACAGUACUUUGUGAUUGUUGUGUAUGUUAUCCGCUAAUCAAAUAUACAACAUUACCAUUUAACAAUAAAAGGUAGAACAAAGUAUUUUACUUUGGAUUGGCCUUGUGUUUUAGAUAUCUUAAUGUUUUGUAAGAUGCUAUGAUAUGUCAGCAUUUUUUUUUUUUUAA